AUGAAUGAUGCCCUAUCUGACGAAAUAUCUGUUGAGGGAUUACCCCCUUCGGUCAGGGUUUAUAACUACGAGGGUAUGGAUGACUUUUCUCAAAUCAUGGAUUGCCACAUCACUCGUCUUUACGCGUCUCUUGGAACUUUCAGCUUGCAAAGAGGAGAUUCUAAAUGGGCAGGCUGUAAUGAUGAUAAUGGUGGUGGUGAUGAUGGUGCUAUACCUCAUCUAGAUUCCCAUGAGGAGGAUGCUGGUGGUCGUCCCUGCCGGCAUAGUCAGCCUCUAAACAAUAGGACCUGUCAACAAAGCUCAGAUGGAAGUCAACACAACAGAGAAUCUCUGCAGUACGAACCAGGGAGCCAAUACAUUAUUUUUAUUGUUGAUCCACGCUCAUUCGAAACGGAAUUCCUCUGCAGAGAAACUAUACGGCACACUCGUUUAUCGUAUAACCCUUUUACACAUAUUCUUAUCGCCAAAAUGCCAGUCCCUGCCCACGAAAGUGCCAUCCGGGAAUUUGACUUGAUUAUGCAGUCGAGUAUGGAAAAUGCGGGUCUCAGAAAAUACCUUGGCUUCUGGGGAAGUGCCACUAUGACUGCUCCAGAUGGCAAAACGAAGGAAGCAGAUGGGGCGUGGGGUCCCUUUAGACCUCCCCCAGGUUCUCCCAAAACACCAUCAGUUGUACUGGAGGUUGGAUACUCCGACAGCCCCGCCAAGACAAGACGGAGUUCGCACUGGUGGUUAGACCCUGCGAGAUACAAGGCCAACGUGGCCAUCGGAAUGAAUCUCAAUGUCAAGAAGCCUGAGAUCACAAUUGACACAUGGGAGUGGGAUCCCACCACUUGCCGACCCAAGACCACAAAACACAUGGUCAUCAAGAGAUCCAGCAGAAAGAUCAAUUUCGGGCCUAACAUUCAUGACCCGACCAUAAUAAUCCCCUUCCAUCAAAUCUUCCGUCGCCCCCGCCAAUCAAACGAAGACAAAGACCUCGUCAUCCGAACCCAGGAUUUGAUCGAGUUUGCGUAUCGUGUUUGGAACAUACAAUUUGGUGAGAUGGAAUAG